GCGAGACGGAAUGUGUGACCGACACACCUUGUGAUGAAGAACUCAUAAUAGAAGGACCGCUAAUGAACACAUUACAGGGUCGGCAGGACACCAGCACUGAGCUGACCAUUGAGCCAGAGAGGGCAUCCUCAGUCAAAAAUAGGGACACUUCGGCAUCCAUUAUGAGCCUUCUGAUGAGACUGCUCACUGAGGAGCAGGAAGUAAAGAUAUCCAACUCAGAGUGGGAUGAGGAACAAUGGAAAGAUGAGAGGAUGCAAACCCUCAAGAAGCAGGAAGAGAGGGUGUCUAAUGAGCUCAGGCAAGAAGUGCCAAGAUAUAAGAAGGAAAUCAUCAUUGCAUCACCUGUGAUUGCAGUAACAGCGUUUUAUUUUGUAGUUUUCUGUCUCCUUGUG